UCGCUAGGUGCAUUAAGUCGGAAGCACCGACUCGUGCGAGUAUGUCGUGAAACGGCUCUGAAAAAAAAAAACGUUCUAUCCUGAUCACAUGGACUAGCAUGACCUACCGGACUUCUCUGCUAUCAGAGUCGCUGCUUUCCAAUGGGGUGGAAGUUUCUCCAGAGACUAGUCUUCGCCGACACAUGGAGGAUCGUUCUUCUCGGAUAUCGAAAUCAGCUGGAGCUGUCUUCGUUAAAUCUGCUCCGAGAGGAUCUGAAGGCCUCCGCGGUUACGGCUGCUCUCAAGGAGGCAACAGCGGAGAAACAAAAAUUGAGUGCCUAUGUGUACGAAAAUGACGCCGUUGUUGAGACGCAUGCUCUCAAGAGACGAUCGCUUUCUGCUGUUCUGUUCAAAGUAUGCCGCUGGGAAGUAUUGGCGUCAGCAAUACUUGAAUUCUUCUGGAUUCUGAUGAGUUUCGUCCCUCCGUUGAUGCUGGGAUACCUACUGGUGUAUAUUGAAGAAAAGCAAGACAGCUGGCAUGGCUAUGCAUAUGCCUCGGCAUACGCAUUUUCUCAGCUUGUCGGAGGAAUGUUAAAUGCACACGCGGCCUACCUCAUGGCGCUUGGAGGCUACAAAGUUCAGUCCGCGCUUACUUCUGCCUUAUAUAAAAAGGUCCUCCGUAUCUCGAGCAGUUCCCGCCGCCAGUACACUGCAGGGGAGAUCAUGAACCUGAUGUCCGUCGAUGUGGAGCAGGUGGGACAGUUCUUGCUGCUGUGCCACAACUGUUGGGGGGUUCCGCUCCGCAUAGUUCUGACCAUGGUGUUCCUGUGGAAAUACCUGGGUCCCUCCAGCCUGGCCACGCUGGCCACCAUGCUUGCCAGUACUCUCGCGACGACCUGCGUUGCCCACUUCUGCGACAAGUACCAGAAACGGCAAAUGGACUCGAAGGACUUACGGCUUCGCCAGACAACUGAAGUUCUUAACGGAAUUAAGGUGAUCAAACUAAACGCCUGGGAGCCUCCCUUUAUGGAGAAGGUGAAGCGCACACGUGCCGAAGAACUCUCGUCGCUCAAGAAGUACGCCAUCCUGCAGUCAACGUUCGCUUUCGUGUGGUCCGCAACGCCAAACGCGGCUGCACUGGCGUCGUUCGGCACUUUCCUGCUGGUGAGCCCAGCCAAUCAGCUCACUCCGUCCAUCGCCUUUACCUGCCUCUCCCUGUUCAUGCUGCUACGAUUCCCGAUGUACAUUCUGCCGGACGUACUCUCCAGGUUGAUUAGGUGUUUGGGCUCCCUCAAGAGGUUAUCUGCGUUUUUGGAAGAAGCGGAGCUGGACGAAAAGAUGAUUGGAGCAAGUCCAGAUAAAGGCGAUGCGGUCAGCCUAAAGGGGGCCAGUUUCACGUGGGCGAGCGAGGAACCCGCGGGCCUCCGGGACCUGACUUUGAACGUGAAGGAAGGCAGUCUAGUGGCUGUUGUGGGCCCCGUGGGAUGCGGAAAGUCUACUCUGCUCAACGCCAUCCUCGGGACAUUGGAGAAAGUUUCAGGGUCUGUCGACGUACAAGGGCGACUGGCCUACGUGGCGCAACAGUCCUGGAUCCAGAACGCGACGGUGAAGGAGAAUAUCAUCUUUACCAACACUGCGAACGAGGAGCGGUACCAACAGGUCGUGGAGGCCUGCGCCCUCAGGCCGGACCUGGAAAUGCUUCCCGCCGGGGAGAACACCGAAGUCGGGGAUAAGGGCAUCAAUCUGAGCGGCGGUCAAAAGUUGAGGAUCAGCCUGGCACGGGCGGUGUACCACGAUGCGGACGUCUACCUCCUCGACGACCCCUUCAGCGCUGUCGACGUGCACGUGGCUUCGCAUCUCUUCGAACAUGUUGUGGGGCCGACUGGCGCCUUGAAAUCGAAGACGAGAAUUCUUGUAACUCAUUCGGUCACUGUCCUUCCCCAAGUGGACUGGAUUGUGUUGCUUGACAAAGGCGGCAUCAAGGAGCAAGGCACUUACAGGGACCUCCUGGAAAACGAUGGAAGCGAUUUUUCUGCCUUCCUCAAGAAACACGCCAAAAAACAUUCAAGUAGCAGUAACUUGAAAGCCACAGCGAAAACCGAACGACCAAAUGAAGAAUCAGUAGAAAAGGAUGUCAUUGAUGAAGCGGAACUUGCAGAUGAGGAACGAAUGAACACUGGAAGCGUCAAGUGGAACAUCUACGCUGAGUACCUGAACAGGGCAGGCUGGAAGUUCCUCGUGCCAGCAAUAAUCGCGAUUUUCGUGGCAUAUUGUUUUGAGUAUGGUUCAGGCCUGUGGCUCAGCGAGUGGUCUUCGCACCCGGACCCUUUCAUGAGGGCGACGUACAUGGUUGGCUUCGGAGCCCUGCUGGUUGGAAUGAGCAUUUUCAACUUCAUCUACUCUGUACUAUUCGUGCUCGGUUCCAUGCGGACGGCAUCGUCCAUCCACAGUCAACUCCUGCAAAGCGUCAUGCGGUCUCCCAUCUCUUUCUUCGACAAAACCUCUAUGGGACGGAUCGUCAACAGGUUCAGCCGCGACGUCGACCUCAUAGACAAGGAAGUGCCCUUCCUCCUUUCGAUGAAUGUGACCGACCUUGCAUCCAUAGUGAUGCUCGUUGUCGUCAUCUGCUUUCCGUCGGCAUACUUUCUCAUCAUCGUCGCUGUCGUCUUGCUUCUAUUUACGGGACUUACGGUGGCUUCGCUGCCGGCGUUCCGCCAGGUGCGGCGCAUGCAGUCCGUGACUCGAUCGCCCGUCUUCACUCACUUCGGCGAGACGGUGUCGGGGGCGGUGUCCAUUCGAGCAUUCGGAGCCACAAAGCCAUUCAUGGAAACCCUCGAACGUUUCCUGGACGACAACAUCAACUGCUAUGUACAUUCAGCCGCUCUUGACGGGUGCCGCGUUGUUGCCAUACAAGCCCUGACGCUGUUGCUGUCGACCACAACAGCGCUGGUGUCCGUGGCAGGAAGAGACUUUCUGGAAGCCAGCAUGGCAGGCCUCACUCUCACGUACACGAUGCAGAUGGCAGAGGAAAUGACGUACGUAGUCAUGAUGUUCGUCAUGCUGGAAGCGAGCAUGGUGGCUGUCGAGAGAGCAAUGGACUAUUUCGACUUACCGGAAGAGGCACCCUGGAGGAAUGCGGAGGUGCAGCCCGCGGCUGAAUGGCCCACUCGGGGUGACGUCACUUUCGGGGACUACAGCGCAGCCUACCGCGACGACGUUGAGCCCGUUCUCCGACACGUCAACUUCCAGGCCCAAGAUGGCCAAAAGGUUGGUAUCGUGGGGAGGACCGGCGCCGGCAAGUCCACCCUUGCCCUCGCACUCUUCAGGAUGAUCGAACCCAAGACAGGGUCCAUCGUUGUGGAUAAAGUGGACAUCGCAAAGAUUGGAUUGCACGAUCUUCGCCUCAAGAUGACCAUCAUUCCUCAGGACCCAGUGUUGUUUGCUGGGACGUUACGCUGGAACCUGGAUCCCUUCGAUGAGCACUCGGACGACGCCGUCUGGAAGGCACUGGAGCAAGCGCACUUGAAGGAACACGUCGUUGGGGAAGGUCUGGGACUCGACUACGACAUUGCCGAAGGGGGGGACAAUUUAAGCGCCGGACAGAGGCAGCUUGUGUGCCUCGCGCGAGCCCUGCUAAGGCAAAGCAAAGUGCUCAUCUUGGACGAAGCCACAUCAUCGGUGGACCUGGCCACGGACCAGCUUGUCAAGGAGACCAUCCACUCGGAAUUCCAAAGCACAACCAUGAUCACGAUCGCACACAAGCUCCACACUGUCAUGGACUGUGACAAAAUCCUAGUGCUGGCGGCGGGAGAAGUUCUCGAGCAAGGAACACCCAAGGAACUGUUAGAAAUCAAGAAUGGACAUUUCUUUACCAUGGCAAGAGACGCCGGAGUUGCGUGAAAGUCUCAAGACAUAUCGUGCUUGUUUGAGCUAAGUGCGGAUAUAGCAUUACGAUCUUCAACAUGUGCCGUCUGCUGUUGUUGAGGAAGCCCCUUCAGUAUUAACUUCAUAGGAAUUUAAGUUUUUUUUUGGCAAUUAGUAGGUCACAGCAAAACUCAAGGGAUCAUGAUGAAGUCAUGUGGACAUAAAAGCUUGCUUGGAGCUUUUCUAGAUAUCGUACAAGUAUUCUACCAUGCUUGGAUUUGGGCAUGAAGCCAAACGAUGCCAUCGAAUUUUCCGUGUGAAAGGGGAUAUCAACAGCGGGUACCCAAUGUAUUAUCUACAUUCUUUUUUUUAAGCCACGAGCAACUUCCAUGAACAUAACAGGAUUCCUUUUGACUUCUUGUAUUGGUAGGCAAUAAACCUUUUUUUUAUUAGAAAGAAAUGCGUAAUUUAAUAAAUUCUUUUUUCUGUGUGAAUAAAUGUCAAACGCAUUAAAAAUAUAUUCAACAAUCCAUUUUUCUUUCAUCAAAAAUCAGCUGUUAUUAAUCCAUCUGAAUUGAAGACUUGAAAUAACUUCUUUUCUGAUCCUAGAGCGGCAUGACUCUCGUGGCACAGCUUGCGAAGCGCCUUUUUACAAUUUCAAAAAGCUAAGCACAAACGGCAGGCUUCAUAUGGGGCAGAUAUUUCAGUGUGCCCAUAUUGCAAUACUUGUUCUAUUCUUUACCAGACAAGAAAAAAAAUGUAUUGAUCUUCAUUUAUAUUUACUGACGGACCAGAAAAAGUUGGCAUUUACUUGUUUGCAAAUAAAGUUGUGAGCAAAUGUUAAAAGAAGCCACGAUCAACAGA